CCAUUUUACCGUUUCGUUAUGUGAUCGCGUACCGUUGUCUGUGAUCUCAGACGUGCUUCGAGUGAGAUGGAAGAGGUGUAAAAUUAGAACAUUUUGUUCAAGUGUCGUUAUUUAAAGUGCUUAAGUGCAAAAAGUUUUUGAUGUGAUAUCAGAGUGAAAAGAAUUCUAAAAUGGAUGGCUUCUUGAUGAAUGAACUGUUUUGAUAAUUGACAUUUCGUAUGGAACCAAUGGCUGAUGAUGGACGAGGUGAUAAUGCAUCCAGGAAUUAUUCACACGAGGAAACAUUCCAGAGAGCACAGGAAGCGCAAGCUGAACACAAGUUUCCGAAUCGACCAACCGGGAUAAUCACAUUGCCGGCGGGUUGCAGAGGGCCUAAAAGUUUAUACCUGAAACGCAUUGGUGGUAACUUUGGCUUCACUUUACGUCACUUUAUCAUAUACCCACCUGACGGUUUGACUGAGGAAGACGAUGGACGACUGGCAGCAGUUGGCGCGCUUCACGCGCCUAUGGAAACAAUAUUCGUCCGAAAAGUGAAGAGUCCAGGACCGGCCCAUCAGGCGGGUUUACAAAAAGGUGAUCGGAUAGUGGCAGUGAACGGUAUACAGGUGAUCGACAAACCUUACAGUUUUGUCAUACAGCUAAUUCAGAAGAGUCCCACCUAUCUACAUUUACUCGUCGUGCCAAAAGAGGAGGACGCUUUACAAAGGCUCUUCACCGAAACGGCCUACAACCCUGUGAGUAACCAGAACUUCAUUCCCGAUUCCCCGCCAGUGGACAGAAGGAGCGCACAACAGUUCCUCACCAACACCAUCAACCAGCGACCGGGCGAAUUACGAGUAGACGCGCAAUUUUGGAGGUCGCUGAGGUACCCCUUCGGUUACGGCCAGAGGUCGGAGAAACGGCCGCAGUCCUACCAGUACGACCCGAGGUACACCGACUCCGCGUCCAGAAGGUCCCAUCCGGCCUCCUCAAAUGAGAUUUACGCUGAGAUCCAGAUCCAUGACGCGCCGAAGACCAGACACAGCAAGGCCCAGCCGCAGGUGCCCCUUUACUCUAAGAACAUGGGUCGAAGGGCCAGUUAUAACAACUACGAGCCGUACUACGAUCUGCCAGAGUACACCAGCAUAGCCAGCGAUGACGAGAUGGUGUUGAACAAACAGAAACAGAGGGAUAUUUACAAGACGAACAACGGGAGCGAGAACGCGCAAUCGAACGCGAACAUGUCGGUGUUGACGUAUCCGAGCAGCGCCGGUUGUAGGCUGAGCUUGACGGACGACAGGCGUGAAUCGACGUCGUCGUUGACCUCCUCCUACGCCGACGGCAGCAAGGAUAGCCUGUCAUCGUUCGAGACCAACUCGACGCUGACGGGCCAGGAGACGGACGACUCCGCCAUAUUGUCCAGGUAUCGGAGGAGCUUCCAGCAGAAGGAGGAAUUCCUCAAGAUGCCCGCGGGCGGCACGUACGAGUCCAACCUCAAACAGCGGGAGUUUUACGGUAGGCCGAAGAAGUUGGAGAAGCCGCAGUGGCCUCCGAACGAGCCGAAGCAAGAAUCGCCGUCGCGUACGACUAAACCGACGCAUCACAACUUCCAGAGGGUCAAGCACGACAUCGACAACGAGAGGGAUCUUAGUCUGCAGCCUCUGGGAGGAGGUGGCGCUACUAGAACGCUGAGAGAGUCUCUGCAGAUGACGAAGGCGGUUAGUUUGGAUGUCGAUAAUUCGGAGAAUGCCAACGAGCCCGUGACCAACGAAGAUGGAGACGAUAAGAGAGUAUGCUCUCCUACCCAACUCGUCUUCACCAGGACGAAACAGUUCGAAAGCGGGAAGCCGCUGCCUGAGGACGAUCCUUUGCUGAGCGAUCGCACCAGCUUCUACAAGAGCGAACUGUCCAAGAUCAGCUCCAAACGUUUGGUACCCAAUGUGACGGAGCGCGCUCAAGAGUACGAGAUACGUACCGUCGAACCCAGACGGGAGGUGUCUCUGAACGCUUCCGCGGGCUCCCUGAAGAAGAUCCAGAGGGACAGCAGAUCGUUAGACAGCUCAGGGAGCUGUUCCAGUGUCCUCGAGGCGUUGAGUGGUGGUAAAUCACUUUCUGGAAAUGUGAUAAUUUCUACCGGAAGUAAAUUCAUCCACUGUCCGCCACCUUCAGAACUUGGCAGGACUGCUUGUUCAGAUGUCUCAGAAAAUGUUCCGACCAAAAUGCACGUCCGAUCGAAUUCGGCCGAUUCUUGGACCGGAGGAUCAGACGACAUCAGCCAAAGGAAACUCAGCAGACAGGACACUGUUAUCGAAAAAUCGGCACAAGACGAAAAACCCGAUAUCGCAAGACGAAUCCCGAACAACGGUGACCUUUCCCCCCUGAUUCCCGAACCCGUAAAACUGUUUCCCGCAACACCCACCGUAUCCGUAACGCCCGCCGCUAGUCCCGUGGACCUGCCCAAACCGAUCAGGCCCACAAAGCUAGACCUGGACGCGCCCGCCAGACCGAUGAGGUACCUCAAACCGCCCGGGGCCUUGGCCGAGUCCCCCGUCGAUCAGUUGCUGGCAGAAGUUGGAGAAGAGAUGCCGAAAGUCAGACGGAGGAUAAAGAACAAGAGCAUUGGUAGCGAAGAUAGAAUAACCAGGCGAGAAUCAUACCUUAAAGCGACAGAGGGUAGUCGGCUACAGUUCGAAUGCGAUCUCAGCGACGGUGAAACUUCGCCACAAGUGUUAAGAAGUGCACACAGACGGUGGAGACCUCCUUUGUUUCCUGGUGAUAUCCAACAACUUCGCAAGCUAUUCGAAGACGCUGCAUCCUCUUUGGGUGGCAGCGCGAGCGAGAACAGCAGCAGCAGCACAUCGCUCGAGAGGGACAAGGGUGGUUUCAGCCCCUUCGACAAGGAGAGGUACGCGCUGGUGCGGGAGGGACCGUUGAACUGUAAAGUGACGGAACUUGACGGAAAGCGACCGGCCAUCCGUUCCUGGAGACAAACGUGGGCUGUCCUCAGGGGACCUAAGCUGUUCCUGUAUAAAGAUAGGAAUCACCAGAGCCCUAUAGGAACUUCAGAUCUGCUAGAACAGUCGUUCUCGAACGGCGUAGACAUCAGGACUAGCCUGGUGCGUGUCGCGGAAGACUACACGAAGAGGAAGCACGUGCUCAGGGUGUCUUCGGUGAACCCAUGCAGAUCUGAACUGCUACUGCAGGCAGAGAACAGCGAAGAGCUAGCCGACUGGGUGAAAGUGCUCAACGAACAAGGUGCAACUGCUACCGAGGUGGAAACCAAAUUGGAUUUAAGCGCGAACAAACAGCAAGCAGUGCCUCAGUCGAUACCGGCUCUAACCUCUAUACAGGUGCAAGGCAGUAGGCUCUCACCCCUCCCGAUAAAAGCUAAAACGGUAUCGGGCAGAAACAGGUCGCCGACAGGUCAAUCGCCGGUCAGCAAGACCAGAAAACCGUCCCAGCAUCCCGGCGAUCCGAACACCAGUCCCAAAUCGAAGACGUGGAGGGGUCGCGUCGCGAAACAGUUUAGGAAGAUCCAGGGGGCCAGCUCCCCGAGCUCUCCGACCGCACCAGAGGGUUCCACCUUCGGCGUUCCCCUGGAGCAAUGCAUACCGUCGUCGAGGAACCAGUACGUGCCGAAGUUCGUCGAGGUAUGCACCGAUAUAGUGGACGAGAGAGGUCUGCAAACCGUCGGGAUAUACAGGGUGCCCGGCAACAACGCCUCCAUCACCGCGCUGUCCGAAGAGGUCAACAGGAACUACGAGGACGUGCCCACGGACGACGUGAGGUGGAGCGACGUCCACGUGGUCAGCAGCCUGCUGAAGAGUUUCUUCAGGAAGUUACCGGACUCCCUGGUCACCAACUCCUUCUAUCUGAGCUUCAUAAGGGCCGAUAAGAUAGAGAAUCCGAAGCAGAGGAUGCAGGAACUGAAACGGCUGAUCAAGAAUCUGCCGCCGCACAACUACCACACGUUGAAGCACCUGGUGUUUCACUUGAACAGGGUGAUGGCGAACUCCGAGGUGAACAAGAUGGACGCCAAGAACGUGGCUAUCGUUUUUGGACCGAAUAUUGUCAGACCGGAGGAGGAAACCAUGGCCGAGAUGGUUAGCAACAACUCGCACCAGUGCAAGAUCCUUGUCACGCUUUUGAACCACGCAAGCUGGUUCUUUUCGGACAGUGAAGACGAGUGCGAUCUAGACAUGGCCUCGAUUCAGGAGGUUUACGAAGAAACCGAACCGGGUAAUCAGCAGACGCUGUUGGAGAGUAUCUCCAAACUGGAGGCGAUGCCGGUCCAUAAAGAGAAAAACGGCGCUCUUUUUUCCUCGAUAAUAUCGGCAGCGCAGAGGAAGGUAAAACGAAAAACCAAAGGACCAAAUUCGUUGCCUGAAAGCAAGGAAGAACUACCGUCACCUAGCGGUCCCAACAGCUUACCACCAUAUUCACCUAAUGAUCUCAAAGAUAGUACAACAGGAAGUAAUAAGACUACAAAUAUACCUACCACGGUAGGAGAUAUCGAAACGCAUACCAAACAAGCAGAAAGGGUGCCUUGGUUCAAUUAUGCCACAGAUCAGGAGGAAUUCCAAAAAAGGAUAGAGAAGUUCAAGAAUGAAACACAAGCUAUGCUGACAAGACCCAGAUGCUUGGAGAUAACAGUAGAUAGAGGUACAAGGAAUUCCACGUCACUCACCACCGCCACGUCCGGCGUGUCUCAGUUUCCCAUCCAGAAGACCCACAGCGUGUCCAGCGUGUUCGCGUCAAGGACACCGUACACGUUCGACAACCGCAACAGUUUGAAUUCGCUGGACAACAAUUCGCACCUGUACCAAUACAGUAAACAGUUCGUCAGUGAUAAGAAUAGUGAGAGUGCGCAGGAGGUGCGUUACGGUACGGUACAAACGGCGGACGGCAAGGGUAGGAAUGCGCAGUCCGUCCCGUCCAGGGAGGGUAGCGGAAGGGAGAGGGCGACGGGGAGGAGAAACAGCUCGAUCGAAAACCUCAAUACCGACGGCGCAGAAUCCAACAUCGCCGCUUCUCUGAAGAAGGUGAAGUACGAGAAUCAGGGGGAAUUCCACAGGACGACUUCCCUGGACUCGAUGAAUAAAUGUGGUACAGAUGAUGACACAGACCUCGUAUCUGCUAUGACUAAGCUGUACGACAAAAAGUUGGAAGACUACGCCCAGCCGAGUAUAUUAACAGGCGAAGGUUUGCCAUACGCGGACGAGUCGCCUGAGAAGACGCGGGAAACCUACGCAUCCGAUAAAGAGAAUCGUCCUUGCGACCUGUACAAAAAUCCAAGUCUGCAUAAAUAUCAGUAUAACCUAAAUCUCAGACUGAAGAAGGAAGAAGCUAAGACGAAAGAAGCGAAGGAGGAACCGGAGAAGGAUGAAGAUUCAUCGGUUCUGAAAGAAAACGUACCUGACAACGAGAGACACCUACCGGCGCAUAAACUAACGUUCAUUUCGAACAACACGAACAUCCUGAACGGCACCAGCGCCAAUUCGAAAUUGAAAAGAUCCGAAUCGCUCAAUAAACCCGAAAGGACUGUGUCGCCGAUGAAUAACAAAGUGAAAAGGUCGGAAAGCCUAAAUAAAACCGGGGACAAAUUGAAACGUUCAGAUAGUUUAACAAAAACGGAAAAGACGGAAAGCAAUAUUAGCAAAAAACGGGAGUUAUUAACCAAAAGAUCUAAAGAACUCAAAAGGAAGAACGGCAUGCCAGAUCGUUCGAUCAAAAGAAGACAUACAGUUGGAGGCACUAAGGAUCCGGAUAAGGUGACCCUAUUGGAUAAAUAUCAAGAGGAGGUGAACCCUAACAAGGAGGACAAGGAGAAAAAUGUGAGGACGAGUUCGCCCGAUUUGAGUUCGACGAGACGCGAAAGGCUAUUAUUUGAAAUCAACCUAAUUGGACCGGAAAACAUGGUGGUGGCCCUACGACAGCAUCUGAUAGGGAACCGUCCCCAGAGUUUUCCAGAGUCGACGGUGUUCAAGGUACCACUUGAAUCUCACGUCUGAAAUUCAGUUCAUCUUUAUCUCAGUGCCUUAAUGUAAAACAUCAAACAUUAACUUAUAGACUGAUCUAUUUAAUUGAUGUGCAAUAUAUUGUGCAUGCCUAUUUAUUAUGGUGUUUAUAACACUCAAAUUUUUAAUAGUUGAAUAGCUUUGAAGGUUCUUCUAGAAAGACGACACAAAUGUUUUGGCAGUUUUUACUUCGAUUGCGCAUUUAUGUUAUCGGGAAGUCUCGAAAGUGCUGGCUGUUUCGUCGAUGGAUUGUAAGAAUGGGGUAGCAAAUUCGAGACUUGCUGUAAUAUUGAUUCUGCUUCUUUGAAUGUAUGUGAUUUUUCUUUAAAUAUUCCAAUUGAAGCAAUUUGAAUUUGUGAUACACAUAUAGGGUUUAGUAUUGUAAAUAAUAUAGUAAUUAUUAUUAUUAUUAUUAUUGCCUUGACCUACUUAUUGAAUUGAUUAUAUGAUAUGCUUAAAAUUUAGAUUAUUUUUAUUUAGUGAUUUAUUAGCAGUAUUGAGAGGAUACUGUGCCAAAAUUGAACACACUUUGCUUGGAAUAUCAGAUGAAUUAGAGAAUUUGUAAAUAAUUAUCAAUUUAUUCUGCUUGUGAGGUGUAAAAAGUCUACUGUUAUGCUAGGCUGUUUGUAUCUUGCCUGUUAUUGUUUUUUUUUAUAGUUUUAAGUACAAAUUGUAUGUGUUGUUGUACUAGUGAACAAUGUAAAUAUAUUUUCAAUUAAUAA